AUGGCUCGAGGAAAGAAAGACGGAUCGCUAUACGUGACACAAGCUAAGCUUUGCAAGGAGGAGGUAAACGUCACGAAUGCUGACAUAGAGUUAUGGCACCGAAGGCUCGGACAUAUGAGCGAGAAGGGUCUAAAUAUCCUCGCUCGAAAGAAAUCCCUCCUUGAUAUGAGAGGAGAAGCGGUCGAAGAUGAUGAUGUUGAUCCUAAAGAAGGUACUACUACUUCAGAUGAAAAUAAUGAUGAAACCAUAGAAGAGGAGCUUGAACUAAGACGAUCAACCAGAGGUAGAAUACCGUCAACAUGA